UUGUUUCACGGAAGUUUUAUUUGGUCAUAACAAUCUUUGGUCCUUGUUGAUGGUUGAGUACUGACUAUUUACUAUAAAACCAGCUAUAAUAGCAAGGGAUGCUUUGCAUGUACUUGUGUUUUCGUUACAUUCUUAGUUCAGGUGUCAUCAAACUUGCAGUGUGCCUAUGAAAGAGCAUGUUGUGCUAACUAGCUACCUUGUUAAAAAACAAAAAACAAAAACCAGAACUUACUAGAAUCAGACGUUUAAACACCUCGACAAUGAAGCUUCAGUGCGAUGUGGAAGUCGUGAAUCGGAUGCUUCCCACGUAUGGAAUGAAAAACCGAGGAAAGGGUGUGAGGGCAGUGUUGUCUAUUGGGAGACAUGUUGACAAGACUACACACCGUAACACAAUUUAUUUAAUGGUCUGUACAGCUAAGGAUAGAGCGGGCUCAAAAUAUAAGCUUAAAGAAAACAUUGAAACAUUCUUCACUAGAUUUGUUGAUGAGGGAAAAGCCACUGUGAGACUGAGUGAUCCUGCAGUUGACAUCUGCCUGAGCAAGGCUGAUGCUAACAGCUUAAAGAACUUCCUUUCGGCUGCUCGUUUGGCCCACAGAGGAAAUGACACGGACAGCCUACCCCUCUCCACCCUGACACCAGUCCGAGCCAGGGACGUGGAGAAGCCAAAGAAAAGGCUCACUAUUGUGUCUAAAAAGGACUAUCCAUUGACCUCUAAUUUCCCCUACUCAUUAGAGCAGCUCCAGGUUUCCUACUGCAAGCUCUCACGGGUGGACAUGCGAAUGCUCUCCCUUAAAGCUCUACGCAGGUUAGACCUCAGCAACAACCACAUCAAAAAACUCCCUGCCACAAUAGGUGACCUAGGCUGUCUGACUGAGCUCAUUCUCCACAACAACCACUUGGAGAGCUUUAGCGAAGCUCUCUGCCUUUCCAGCCUCCAGCGAACGCUCCAACACCUCGACCUGAGUCAGAACCGCCUGCGAGCUCUGCCGCCUCAGUUCUGCCGGCUGAGGGAGCUGAUCAACCUCAAGCUGGACGACAACAAGCUGGUGUGGCUGCCCUUUCGCGUCGGUCACCUUUCCAAGCUGCGUUUUUUGUCGGCCGCCCACAAUCAGCUGGCUCUGUUACAAGGGGACUUCCGAAAAUUAACCCUGGAGAAUCUGGACCUGUUUGGUAACCCGUUCGUCCCUCCCAACCCUCUGGACCACAUCAUGCAGCUCACGUUUCCCCUCACUCUGCAGGAGAUGGCAUCCAGGGCUGUGGCUGACCUCAGGAUCCCUUAUGGGCCUCGUCUCCUCCCCGCCCACCUGUGCCGGGACCUGGACGUUGCCGAGACCUGCGACUGUGGCCGCGCCUGCGUUAACUACCACAUCAGGACAGCGGUCAGCAUGAACCUGCAUCUGGUCUCCCACACAGUGGUGCUGGUGGACGACAUGGGGGGCACUGACGCGCCAGUCCAGCGCCACUUCUGCUCCUUGUCCUGUUACUCAGAGUUCCUCGACCAGUGUCUUCAGCGAGGCCUGAGAUGAGGGUCCCUUAACUGGAUCUCGAGAAAGGACAGUUUGGGUGUUGGACCCCCCCACUCCCCCGAGAUACCUCAGAACUGCCUGUGUCGCAGAUUGGGGUGUAAUGCUGAUGUCCAGAUGUCUGGUUUACAUGCGUUUCCCAUGUCGCUGUGACACUUUGGGAGAUGUGCAUUGACAGUAGCUGACUGGCAGUCCUGUGGGCGGUCCAUUGAAACGAGGUGCUUUGGU